AUGUGUGCGAUGCCUUCGGCACUUUGUCAUCAUUCGGUGCAUGCGAUGUCUUUGGCACCCCGCCUUUUCGAUGCGUGUGAUGCCUUCGGCAGCCCAUCAUCGGUCUACGCGUGCAAUGCCUUCGGCACCCCAUCUCUCAAUUCAAAAAGGUUACCGUUCAACAAUUUCAAAAGGAUUUCAAACGACAACAGUCUCGAACAGCAACUUCAAGACAUCACCACCUUGCUUAUUAUUCAUGGGCUAUCGUUCGGCACCCUCAGCGAUAAUGGCUCAAGACACCCUCGUGUAUAUUUUCAAAAAUAG